GGACACUGGAAGGCAGGACUCGAUACGGUGUAGUGUCAGUGGCUCUAUAAACCCAAACAACAACAACAACAGCUGGGCAACGUGUUAAUAUAGAAUAAUUAUAGCUUUUCAACUUAGAUGAAUAGACGAUAGAAAAAAAUGACCAAACUGCAGAAGAGAAAGCAAGCAGCAUCUGUAAAGAAUAUUGGCAUCAGUGGGAUACCCAAUGAUGAAAGAUCUGCAUUACUAGAGGAAAAUAAUGUUGAUGAUGACAGUCACUAUAGACAAAGACAAUAUGGUGGAGAUAAGCAACCUAGGAAACUUAACCAAAACAAACAGCCUAAUAAAGAAAACAAAAUUUAUCUUUUCAUUCUUUCAGGUAUAGCCAUCAGUAUUUUGCUGUAUAUUGGGUUUCACAGUCAGCAUGCUAGUGCUCCUGUUGGGGCAUGGAACACCAGCAGUGGACCUGCAGUGGUGACUCUGGACACAAAGUUCACACCCCUGCAUCCCUCAGCAUUUACAAACUUCAUUACUUCGGAAGAGUCGAGAAAUACUUUGCACGGUGUGCUGUCAUGGAAGGUGGCAUCAGUGUCAUGGUCGUGGGUGCCAUCCAAGGCUUUCACUGCCUUGCUACCAGAGAGAAGUGCCGAUCAAGUACCAGGCUAUGUCUGGAGACUCCUGCCAGAUACCACAGCUAAUAAAUACAUGCUCAGUUACAGGUAUGUUCCACCCACACCAUCAGGACCUGUGGAGGAACUACUUUUCCAGCUGUUGUCCCUCUUCCAUCCUCAGCCUUUCCUCCAGUCCAGGUAUGAACCUAGAGGAGCAGCUGCCGUUGUCCGAGCCAGAAGUAGUGACUCUUUAGACAUAAUGUUCAGGCUCCAUGCUGAGUUUCAACUCAACACUUCACCCAGACGGCCACUCUGGUUUACCCCGGCAGCCUUUAUUGGAAGACUUAUCAUCAACACCACAGAACCUGAUGUAAAGUACUUUUCCAUGCAUGUCCCAGCACACAUGUCCCUCAAUGUUGAUUUGGAGUGGCUGAUUGGUCCUAAUGAAGACAAAGAUAUGGAGGUGAACAUCACACAUCUGGAGGAAAUGAGUAUAAGAAGUAGAGGAUCUGUUGAUCCUGACACACUCACUUGGAUGCAGCAGAUACACUCACAUGAGGCUCUAUCCCUGCUAGAGAAAGAGCUUUAUAAGUUCAUGCAGGUGGAGUACCACAACUUCACAGAAGCAUACGUGAAAGCCAGUCAUGAGGGCCGACCGGUACACUCAGUCAUUUUAUGGGGUGUGUUAAAUGACCAGUCCUGCUGAGGAUCAGGCCGGGCACUGAGGGAAGGGCCACUCGCUGCUCCCAAAGUGCUCUCUCUACUCCAGGACCACUUUAUCUCAUCUUGGGCACUUGUGUCUGAGCUAAAGGGUUAUGCUGGAGAUGGGUCAGUGUCUGGCAGCUCCCUGGUCGCCAGCCUGAGCCUAGAUGCCUACACUUUCCCGGUGCAGAUCCUGAUACAGGAUGCUUCAGGGGGGAGGUUGUGCCUUGAUGGUGAGGGAUUCAGGAACUGAAGCCCCUUCUCCAGUGCUACGUCAAAGCAAGUCUCGUAGCCCCUCCUUGUAACCAGAUAGCCACCUCUAAGUUCCCCUCACCCCACCACCCCCAGUAGAGAAAUGCUGGUGCUAUGCCCUGGAAGGAUUUAUGAGCCAAAUAACUGAUCUUAUUCUCCCCUUCCUUGAGCUGAACCUGAAUUCCUCCCAUUUCUCAGAUGUUGUAUAACCCCUUGGGGUUUAUAGCUUCCCCUUUUUAAAAUAAAUAAAGUCUAAAUUUUGUCUUCUUCAUCUGUUUUUAUGAGGUUUGUGCAAUAAAUGCUUAGUGAAACCUGA